AUGAAUCAUAACAACGCUCAAACAAGACCCUGAUAAUAUCCAACAUAGUGAUAGUAAGCAGAAGGUUGAGAACAAAGAAAAAAGGAAACAAUGGGGCACAAGAACACAAUUUUCCUGGCUCUCGUAGCUACCUUGAUUGCAAAGGAGGCCUUUGCAGCACAACAUGUAGUUGGUGGAAGCCAAGGCUGGGAUCAAUCUACAGAUUUUAAGACAUGGAUUUCAGGCCAAACAUUCAAGGUUGGAGAUAAACUUGUUUUCAAGUACACUUCUUUGCAUAGUGUGGUUGAACUAGGCAGUGAGAGUGCCUACAAGAAUUGUGAUAUUAGCAGUCCAAUCAAGUCCUUGAGCACUGGCAACGAUGUUGUGAAACUGGACAAGCCAGGUACAAGGUACUUUACUUGUGGUACCUUGGGACACUGUAGUCAAGGGAUGAAGGUGAAAAUUACCACAGUGAAAGGGAAUGCACUUUCUCCUGCAUCAUCACCAUCACCAUCAUCGUCACCGUUAUCAUCAUCUUCACCUUCAUCAUCACCAUCUUCUUCUACUACCACUACAACCGAUACAUCUUCAGCCUCACAAUGCUUCACCUCAUUCAUUUUCAUUCUUGCAUUAUCAGUCACAAUAAUGAUUUCCUUGUUUUAAUUCGUAAUAUGAAGUUGGGUUUAUAAAUGUCACAAGUAUAUACACUUGUUGGUUAUGGUGGCAUGGCAAUUCUAAUUCAUCUCGUUGUAUUCACAUAAUUCGGAGCUAGUCCCUAAUUGAGCUGCUACGAGGCAGAUAAGGGACUUGCAUAUGCUUUAUAUGUAGUAUUAAAAGUACAUGUAUCUCAAUAAUAGUUUUUACUUGAUUAUUAUAAUCACUUUGGUUAGUUUGUAGAGUAAACUAUACUCUUAACCAUAAGAGAUCUUUGAAUAUGCUGUCAU